AUGCCUCUUGCCAUGAAAGUUUGGAUAUAUGAAUGUUGUUCUGUUGUUGAUCUGAAUAUUGCUGAAAAGAAGACCAAUCGUAUUCCCAGACUAGUCAAUUGGAGGACCAGAAACAGCAGAAUACAUUAUGAAUUCCUAAUGGAAGGAAUGUUCGGUGAUAACGGCAAUCCGUUAAAAUACAAAAACAUUCAACCUUCACUAAAUGAGAUUGCAUUUUAUCAGCUUCCAUCAAAAAGUGAUGCAAUCCCCGAGAAUACCUUUCAAAAAGUUAGCAACAAAGAUGAUGACGAAGAUGAUGAUUUCACUUCAAAGCCUCCAAGUCAUAAGCCACACAAUAAAGAAAAAGGUUCGAGUUGUAAGGAUAAAAGUCCAUCAGUAUUGCAUGGUUACCGUAAGGCAAAGAGUACACCCUUUAGUUCUGUUUCAACCCCCGUGGAGAAUAAUGUACCAGUACAGGAGUUGUAUAAUCAGCCGGAUGAUUCUGCCAACACUACACCACCAAUGAGUUCGAAACAACCUCAAGAUACCAAGGCAGGCGAAAUUGGUGUGUUGAGACAAGAUCUUGCCUCUUUCAAGGAUUAUGUUACUAAUGAGUUCAAGGAGUUACGCUUGUUUAUACUGGAAAAUUUUAAACAAGUCAUGGAUGCAGUCAACAAAAGCAAUCCUCAAUCUGGAGUACCAUGUCAGGAAGAUGGAAGUAAAUCUCCAACACAUGUACCUGAUUGGUCGAACAACAAUUCAAUGAAAGACGGCAACCAGAUCUCAACAUUCUUGGAUAAACCUCACUUUGAUAUAAAUGAGACAUUUCGAUUCGUUCUUGAAGAAAACGUCAAAGAUAAUGUCCAGGAGAAUUAUCAGCCUGCCCAGAUACACAUACAAGAUCCUUUGUCAGUACAUGAACAGUCUAACGACAUUAAUGCCUUACAGAACGAUGGAAUCCAACAACCACAGUCACAAUUUGAGUUGCUUGAUGUUUUGUUACCUAGCCUUGACACAAUCAAUCCCAAAAAGUGUGUUGUGGUUCAUCCAGAGGCUGUGGUUCAUCCAGAGGGUGUUGUUUAUGAUACUACACCCGUGCCAGUUCAAAGGACAAGACGUCCCGAUCGAUGGAAUUCUUCUUCAUACUCGACAAAUUUUGGAUCAUCAUCUGGUAGCUCUUCCACUGUGGUAAAAAUUUAUGAAAAGAAACAUCCUUUUGUUUCUGACUUCAUACGAGGGCCAUUUAAUUAUGAUCUUUUUGACGAUUAUACAAUGUGGCUUCGUGAAAGGCUCCUUGUUAGGCAUAUGAAUAAGAUGCAUGAUGAAGAUCGGUAUAAGAAUAAAAAAGCAGAAUUGGCGGUUGAUAAGGAUUUGGCAUAUGAUGUGGUUCUAUAUUAUUUGCGUAAAAAAAGUAAGUACAACAUCAAUAGUCUCUACAGAUACACUACUGUUGACUGUCUGUUCAAGUCAAAAAUUGAUGAAAUUUAUGCCACAUAUACUAAAGUUGGAAGCGAAAUAUGUGUUGCAAAUGUUGAAAGCGACAUACGUGAUUACAUAAAUGGGUAUAGGUUGAUGGCUGCCAUUCGAUGGAAUACAAUCGAUAAUGUGUUUAUACCAGUGAAUGUGGAGCAGAAAAAUCACUGGGUGUUGGCUGUUUUGCCAAUAGUUGAACGAUGCAUUUAUGUAUAUGACUCAUACAGAGCAGCAAAUCAUAACUCUUAUGUUAGGGAUGAAAUUCAAAAGCUUGCUCAGCUUCUGCCAAUAUAUGUGUCAAUGGAGAUUGCCAAUAAUUCAGAUGAUACACAAGAUCAGGACACUGCAUAUGAUGUGACGUAUGUGGAGGAUAUACCUCAACAAGGAUCAGGUGACUUGUAA